AUGGUGAAUAGUGUGAAUUUGCACGGGCGGCAUCGCGAGACGACGGCUGCUCUGCCACCGGGCGAUGUGCUGGUGGUCUCGGGGGACUUUAUCGAUCGCCACGCGCCGCGUAAAGAGCGCAAAGCACUCGCCCGCGACUUUAACGCCUGGCUCGGCGAGCUAGCGCUCGAGUAUGAGGCCAGGAUUGUUGUGCUCGGCAACCAUGACAUCGCGUUCAAAGGGAUGAGCGCGGACGAGAUAGGCCAAGCGCUGGACAACGCGACCCACUACCUGCAGGACUCGGACACCAUCGUGGCUCCCUUUGGGCUGCGGGUCUGGGGAUCGCCGUGGACAAGUGCGUCGCGAAGCCACAUGUUUGGCGAGCCGGACGCUGCAGCGAGGGCCUCGCGAUGGCAAACCUGUCCCGAAGACGUCGACGUCAUCGUCACACACAUGCCUCCGGCAGGCAUCCUCGAUCUGGCGUCGAAUGGACGGAGCGGGAGCGACUACGAGUGUCGUGUAUGCGGAAAAGUCCAUCCAGCGUGGCGACGCCACUGGGGAGAUGCCGCCCUUCGCGAGCGGGUUCUUGCCUCGUCUGCCCGGCUCCAUCUUUUCGGCCACGUUCACCAGUACGGCGCGCACAGUGAGGUCCGAGAUGGCACCACCUUUGUCAACGCAGCGUUUGACAUGAUUCCGCAUGCUGCCGUGAUAGAGCUGGCAUACACGGCCCGGGUGCAAGAGACCAUCGAUGGAUUUUCCCUCGUCGCGUCGCAGUUUGCACCUUGGAUGCAUCUUGAGCACGCCAGCUCCGGACUCGUCGUAGAUGUCGACUACGGGCAGACCGAUGACGGGGCACGUGUCGUGCUCUAUCGGAAGCGGCGGGCACGGAAGCGGCAUUGGGCCAACCAGCUUACUGGGGCGAUCGAUCCGCCCGGGCUCGUCGUCGAUCGCGCUGCGGUGGGCUUCUGCAGCGACACCGAAUGA